CUAGACGUCUACGAGAACAGCUAUGCCGCUUUGCCGAGUAGAAACCAAUGUAUCGGGAGAUCAGAUACCGGCUGACUUCCAUGUUAAGCUUACCCAAAUACUCUCAAAGGUGCUGGAUAAACGAGAAAAAGAUAUUAUAAUCAUAAUGCGGCCCAACGCGACAAUGUACAAGGACUGUAAAAAUGUCCCCAUUGCUAUAAUCAGCAUUAAGGCGGCGGGAAGGUUUAAUCAAGCUAACAAUUCCAAGUACAACACAGCAAUUGCCAACAUUGUGCUCUCUAAGCUCGGAGUUGAGGCUGACAAUUUGAGAAUUUUCUAUGAAGACAUGUCCUUGGAUUUCAUUGGCAAUGGGAACAGGUUGCUGUCUGCGAGUAUCUAAGCAGAGUUUUUGUCCUCUCUAUAUUACUGGAUAGUGACUCCCUCUGCAAUAUACACUGCAACACUCCAAUAAAUUUUAAUCGAUAAA